CAAUUGAAUGUACAUUGAACUUUCUUAACAGAUUUGACUUUAGUUAUAAAUAACGAAAUUUAAAGCAUUUUCUUUUAUUCCUUAAUAGGUGAACUGAAGUAUAUGGAACUGCCAUAUUUGUAGAAUUAAUUAAUGCGUACACAAUAUGUGACUCAAAGCCCUAGGCGAGUGUAUGAUCAGACUAGAAUAAACCCUUCCUCAAAACCCCUACGCAUGUAAGCCAAUCUUUGGAGGAUCAAUAAUCUUGUAUGACCAUGGCCUUGACAUUUGACCUUUGAUCAUCAUGAAGUCGUUUUGUGAACUUUCAUAUACACUCUUAUUUCUUUGUGGGUGUUUGUUUAUGUCAGUGGAUUGCCAAAAGAAAAACAAAGGAACCUCCUCGCCUCUGGUGUUAGAAAAGCUACAGAACGCUACGGUGAUGGAGGGGGAGAGGGUGGUGCUCAGAUGCCGCGCCCUGAACGACCCAAAUGCCACCAGCCGUUGGAUCAAACAUAACUCGGGCUCGGCCAACGUUAUCAAAUAUAGUGGUACAGAACUAGUAAUCAAAAAUGCUACAGUCGCAGACACUGGCAUAUACAUAUGUAUGGUGCGCAACCACAUCUGGUUAAAAUUGGUGGACGUCUGGGUGACGGUCAAACAGACUACCACUUCAUCAACCACCACCGAAUCACUGACUACCAUCAUCACUUUUAACACUACCACCACCGGAUUGCAGAUAUGUAUGUGUGUUGUAUAUGUUAUAUAUAAUUUACUGUGA